GCUGAUGUGGCCUGGGGAAAUGGACGCGCGCAAUCGAUACAGCGCUGAUGUGGAAAGCAUGAGCGACGCGGAGGUGAAUUGACGAAGAUUCGACGAAGAUUCGCGAUCGCUGAAGCGGCUCGCCAAAAGACGUCUUUUGCAGCGGCGUGCCAAAAGACGUCUUUUGCGGCGGCGAUCUCGAGGGCGCGCGCGAUGCAGAGAGGUGUGGUGCGGUCGUGGAGUCUUCUGGCUCGCCCGAGAGGAAUGGUGAUGCCGCGGUCCCUCGCGUCUGAGCUGUCGCUCCCGGUCGAACAUCUCCUCACGACCGGUCGGCGCGGCCAAGCUCAAGUGGCUUCUACACCCGCCGCUGUCAGUCCUUUUGCUUAUGCCGGCGGGGGAGCUUGUCCUGCGGCUCGUGGAUGGGUUUGCACAGCGGUAUCAUUUGCGGGCGUUGGAAAUGACGGCGGUGGCGGCGGCGGCGGAGGAGGAGGAGGAGGAGGAGGAGGAGUAGGAGCAGGAAGGAGCGGCCGGGAACCUGGAGCCGUCGUAGUGGUAGGACACUCGGUUCUGACAGGCAGGAAUGAGGAGCGUAAGGGAUUUAGAAAAGCAGUAGCUCUUGCACCAGCGGGAGGAGGGAGGGGAGGAGCAGGGAGGAGGCUAUGGUCAUCGUCGAGGGCGGGGAGGGUCGUACCGUGCUCGCCUUACAAGCUUCUCUUCGAACGGAAAUUUCUCUCCGAUCGAGGUGAGGAGGGUAUCAGACGGGCUACUCCACGUGGAUGCCACGUCAGCAACAUGCGCAGGUGUCAGGGAAUAAGCAGGUGCAGCCACGUGGAAACGGUCGUGGAUAUGAGUGACGGGCAAGAAGAUGCAGCGGAUCGGGCCACAUCUGUGAUGGGCAUGAUGACGAAUGUUGGGGACAUAGAGUCCCUGGGCAACCAGAGCUUCGAUCGGUCGGAUAUGGCGGCCAAUGCUGCCGCGUCGGCUUCGGCUGAUUAUGAUGAUGAUCAGGAUGGUGAUGACGGGGACCAUGAUGAGGCUGAUGAGGCAUUUGGAGCCAGUGGCAAUGACGAAGGUGGUAUGUCUCGAGGGGUGGGCAGAAUAAGGGGUAAAGGAGAUGAAAGAGGGAGGAAAAAGGGUGGGACAGGAGCUCCGCGGACAACAAGCGCAAGCGGCUAUGGCCGUAGAUCUUUCUUGAAGACAGGGGAGGACGUGGAGCUGCUCUGUGAAAGCCUGGCCUUCAAAGGAAAAGGGGUUUGCAAAAUAAAGGAGACGGGGUUCGUGGUUCUGUGUGAACGAGCGCUGCCAGGGGAGAGAUUGAUUGGGCGAGUCGUGAAGAGAAGAAGAGGAAUGGCAGAGGCUGUGAAGGUUAAGACUCUCGAGGUACAUGACAAUGCUGUGGAAGCGCCUUGUCAGCAUGCGCCUACGUGUGGUGGCUGCAAGACGCAACAGCUGGCAUAUCAUGCACAGCUGGCAAUCAAACAGGAACAGGUGGCAGAGCUUAUCCACCGUAUUGGUAAGUUUGGCAAAAGCGAGGAUGGAGGAGUCAGUGGGAAUUACAUGCUUCCGAUUGUACCUUGCGAGAAGCAAUUCCACUACAGGAAUAAGGUGAGGGAUUUGCUGACCGGAGGGUUGCAGCUGAUGGUGAAUUUUCUGACAGCAGGUGAUUAUCCAGAUUUGUUAAGACCCUUGGCAGAGCAAAUCGCGUCAGCACAUCCAGAAGUGGUCAGUAUUGUCAACAAUGUCAACGAUUCACUGGGUUGCAAUACGAUUGGAACCAAGGAGCACAUCCUCUAUGGGCAGCGAGUCAUAACGGAGCGAUUGAGAGGGCUAGAGUUUGAAAUCUCGGCGAAUUCCUUCUUCCAAACUAAUACGGAUCAGGCAGAGGUACUGUAUAAACUGGUCGAGGAGGCGUGUCAGCUGCGUGGAGAUACAACAGAGAUUCUUCUUGACCUCUUCUGUGGAACGGGGACAAUCGGCUUGUCCAUGGCCCGCAAGGUUCAACAUGUUUUUGGUUAUGAGCUGGUGCCUGAAGCUGUGGAAGAUGCUCGAAGGAAUGCAAAGCGGAAUGGAAUCACAAAUGCCACAUUUAUUCAAGGAGAUCUGAAUAAACUAAAACAAGAUUCUGGGAAAGACUUUCCCAAACCUGACGUUGUGAUUACUGACCCCAACCGGCCAGGGAUGCAUCCGAAGCUGUUGCAAUUCUUAUUGAAUUGUGGAGCACAGCGAAUAGUAUAUGUCUCCUGCAACCCCUCCACAUGUGCUCGGGAUCUGGAUGUGCUCUGCCAUGGAGAGGAAGGGUCAGGCAAGGAUGGUAUGUACCGCUUAGCAAGCGUGCAACCUGUUGACAUGUUCCCACACACUGUACAUAUAGAGUGCAUAUCAGUCUUAGAACUGAAUAGAUGAUAUGUCCCAACUCCCAAGCCACCCUCAGUUCACCUGAAUAGGGCAGAGGAGGAAGGCGAAGGGAGGACUUGAGAGGGGGAUCCAGGGGUCUUCAGGAGGGGCCAAGAGGGGGAGCGGUAAAGUUGUGCAGAUUCUAAAUAUGGUUUUGUUGUCGUUAGAAAGGAGGAAGGGACAGACAGACAGGAAGCGAGAAAUGAGGGAAGUACCUUCUGCCCAUUGCAGAUUUAGUGACCAUGACUAUCAGAUAGCUUGAGGAUGUGCGACCAAAAGCGAUUGCCAACUAUCACCAGCAAACCAGUACCACAGUUUAAGCGUGGUCUUGAAGUGUGCCCGUGCUAUGAUUAUGAUCGGCUUGGAGCGGUCUAGUCUCACAGUUGAUUCUGGGCGUUCGGAGGAGUGGUUAGUGUAGGGCUUCUGCGAAUGCCUCCCGCUAUAGACUAUGCAGUUGUGGCCGGGCCGAAUGCCAUGUAGGUGUGGCAGGGCCGAAUGCCUGUAUAGGGGAGGGGAAGAUUCUUCUACCACCUUGUGCUUGUACAGUUUGGAAAUU